GCCUUGAGCUCACGCCGAGCGCUGCUUGUCUUGAAGCAGCCAGACCGCCCCCUUCUCGCGCUGCAGAUUGGCCAGUAUGCUCGACGUGCGAUGGCAGAAUUCUUUUCCUGGGGCAAUUGCACGCUCUCAUCACGCAAUCGAUGACUAGCCCGAACCGUCGAAAACGAGGCCAUUCACCCCCGAUAUAAAACCCUCGACCCCGCUGUCUGCCCCUCCUCACUCAAACCUCUAUCCAGCACUAUUCCUCGUCUCUCACAAUACAUCAGCAGCCUCCAGUCGUGUAGACGCCUCUCAGACAUUCUCGACAUCUUGACCAAUCGAAGAGUGCGUACUCCGCCACUGCUUUUGCCGUGUUGGCCCUAGUAACGUUUGCUCAGCUGCACAAUGGCCGACCGCGCUACGCCCCUCCGCCUCGGAAGCAUUGCUCCUAACUUCGAUGCUGAGACCACCAAUGGCCCCAUCAACUUCCACGACUUCAUUGGCGACAACUGGGUGGUCUUGUUCUCUCACCCAGAGGACUACACGCCCGUCUGCACCACCGAGCUCGGCGCAUUCGCCAAGCUCGAGCCCGAAUUCACCAAGCGCGGCGUAAAGCUCAUCGGCCUGUCUGCGAACACCGUCGAGAGCCACGGCGGAUGGAUCAAGGACAUCGCUGAGGUCUCCGGCGGCAAGGUGUCUUUCCCCAUCAUCGGCGACAAGCAGAGGCAGGUGGCCUACCUCUACGACAUGCUGGACCACCAGGACACCACCAACGUCGACUCCAAGGGCAUCGCCUUCACCAUCCGAUCCGUCUUCAUCAUCGACCCCAAGAAGACCAUCCGCCUCAUCCUCUCAUACCCCGCGUCUACUGGCCGCAACACCGCCGAGGUCCUGCGCGUGGUCGACUCGCUGCAGACUGGCGACAAGAACCGCAUCACCACCCCUAUCAACUGGUUGCCUGGUGACGACGUCAUCGUCCACCCCUCGGUCAGCAACGAGCUGGCGAAGGAGUUGUUCCCCGACUUCAAGAUCGUCAAGCCGUACCUGCGAUUCACGCCGCUGCCCAAGGAGAAGACGUCCGCAGCCUAGAGGCCGACUCGGUGACGGAAGUUGCGGGCGAGUUGUUCAUAGGCAUGAGGGGCGUUCAUGCGGGUUGAUUGCUUUCAUAGGAGUGCCUACAUACCCUGAAGUCUGACGGUUUAUUGGAAAGUACGGGGUGUCCCCAGCCUGGAAGGAGGAUUUUGGACCGAAAUGCGGGCUGGCGGUAGAACUAGCGGUUGCGUUAGACUGAAUCCACCCCUCCUUCUAGAACAAAAGUGCCGUACGUUCAGAGUUGAGCCCUCGUUUGGGCAGGACUGAAACGGGACCAUGGGAAGAAAUGAUCAGUGAAGUCAUUGUCAGGGACGACCCCGUCUGCCAGCACCAUGCGCAGAAAGCAGUGUUUGUGCGGUCAAUACACCAUUGGGACCCUUUAUUGAGUGAUUUUGCAGCUGAACAGCCUCCCGUCCAGUCUGGCCAGC